UGUACACAUAGUUAUUGCAUAUAAUACAUGACUCCUACCUGUCGGAUUAGGAUGAACGAUGUAUUAACUAGUAAGCUCUACGAGCGUUUAAACAUUAAUUAAAUACAUUAAAGUGUACAUUGAAUACUACAAAUCCUACUCAGAAUACAGUGCUUAAGGAAAGAUUAACUUGUACCUUUAAUACCGACCUGUUGGGUGACGUUAAAUCAGGAAAUGACGACCGCCUGGCAGCAUUCGGAAUCCUUCGCAGACACGAAUCUUAAAAUGCUUGAUGAUGGCUAUUUGUGUGACGUCAUAUUAGCUGCCGGAAACGACCUGAAACGUCUGCAAUGUCACAAAUAUAUUCUUGCCAGUCGCAGUCCGGUGUUUCAUGCGAUGUUUUGUGGUACACUUGCUGAAUCAAGUGACGUCAUCAACAUACCGGAUAUCGAAGAGCCAGUACUGAGGAUUCUUUUAAGGUAUUUAUAUUGUGGCAAAGUAGACCUAACCGAGGACAUUGUCAUGCCUUUGAUGUAUGCUGCGCAUAAAUACGAUGUGUAUGGUUUGGAAUCCAUGUGUAAGUCAUUCCUGAAAAAAAACAUUGAUCCAGAUAAUGUAUGUAUAAUCGUUGAGCAGGCCGUACGUUUUGGCUUCCAGGAUCUAAAACAUACGUGCUUAGACUUAAUACAAAAUAAAUCGAAACGCGUUUUAGAAUCUGACGCCUUUGUUGAAAUGUCAAAGGAGGGGGCUAAAAGAGGUUUUGGAAAUGAACAAAAUGUUGUGCAGUGAAUGUGAAGUGUACAUAGCUUGCAAACGGUGGGCUUUAAGGAGGCUUGACUCUACUGGAAGACAGGCGACAGGAGAAGAAAUUCGAAAUGAAAUGGGAGACGAGAUUAUCAACCUCAUUAGAUUCCCAAGCAUGACUUCAGAGGAGUUCACGGAUGUUGUGUCCAAUGAUAAUGUUCUCACUAAAGCAGAAAUAGUCUCCGUAUAUCAAACAAUAACUAAAAAGACAAAUGUCUCGAAGUUUAAGAACGAAGCUAGGGGAAUGACAAAAUCAUACCUGUUUGUCAGAGCUGUUGAAGUUCAUACCACUGAUAACAUAUAUUAUGGUCGCAACCAAAAUGGUCUCACGUUUAAAGUUUCAACUGAAUGUACGAUGACGCUGUUGACAUGUUUCUUCCAGUUUCAGAAGGUUCUGUGGAAGUUGUAUUAGAGAUUCUGGAAGGUACUAGAAUUAUACAUUCACAAAAGGUUCAGCUGUGCUACGCUCCGGGACUGCAGCACAAACGUUUUAAUCUUGACAAACCAAUUCAUCUUAUUGGUGAGCAGGAAUAUUCAAUCAGACACAGCAUAAUGAGACCAAACAUGUAUAGAUGCAUUUCAAGUUUGCAUUCAAUAAGCAAGAAUAAUGUAACUUUGAAGCUGCACAAAUUGAAGGUUGGACCAGGUGAUGUCGGAACAAUUGGUAAUGGAAGAUUAAACUGCGGACAGUUUUACGGAUUUGAACUUUUAAUAAAUACAUUUGACUAACAUAGAAGUGCUAUUAUUUGUUUUGGUCAGAACAAUACUUCAGGUGCAUUUUGGACUUACAGUGAAAGCCCUUGUGUUUGGAACAAUUUAAUAAUUUGGGUUUUUUGUAAGAAAUCAUAACAUGGAAACUGAGUAAGGAAGACAUUGACAUACCGAAACGCGGAGAAAACUCUUACUCAGUCACGUGAAUUUAAGGAGCACCAAACAAAGCAAUUGUUCUACAACGGGAAGACAACAUUUAUGACUGACAUAAAAUGUUCGAAAUGAUUAACAAAUAAUGAUGGUUUCACAGUAUAACAAGUGUUACAUUUAGCAAGAUGUAUAAUUGUACGUGUAGUAUAAUCAUACAUACUUGAAAUCAUAGCUUAAACUAGUAAAACGACUAAUGAAUCGUGAACCUAUUUUAGCUGCAAAAUAAUAACAUCAACAUUUCGAAUUGCCAAAUGAAUUACAUCAUGGACUUUAUACACUAUUUGGUAUAUUAAAUGAGUAUUGAUAUAUUCAGGAAUUAGGUUAAAUCAGUAUUGAUAUAUUUUUUAUUUUAAUGGAAUUAAUAUUGAUACAAGCAAGUUCUCUGAGUAAUGAUAUAUGCAAGUUUUGUGUACUGUGAAUUGCAGCUAUAUGCAAUGAGUAUUAUACUUCAGCAAAUUGUUUUUUGGGUUUAUUAAAAUUAUGUUGUUUAAUGGAUUAUAUUGUGAGGCACAUUCAAGGUACUGUAAAAAGUAAAAGAAAAGCCAUGUUAUCAAUGUAUGCCAAAAAAGGAAACAAACAACAUUGUUUACAAAUCCUUCUCAACCGCAAUUCAAAUAUGGUUUACGAUUAGCUUUGAUAAUUGAUUUGUUAAACCACCUCUACGUUUAUACAUGAAAAUACAAGUUUCUGCAAGGCGAAUAUAGUUGAUUUAACAAUCGCCCGACAUUUAUACGCGCCGGAAUGUACAUACUUAUCUUGCUUUACAUACGAUAUGUUGACAUCGGUUAACUUAAUAUUUGAAUGCACAAAUAGCACUGUCUGCGUACUUAAAGCACGUGUAAAUAUCAGUCCAUACCGGCACGAAAUGGCGUCCAGCCGACUUUCUUCCAAAUCGCUUGCCGAAGCAAACCUGAAAAUGCUUGACAACGAGGCUCUAUGCGACUUCACACUAACGGCAGGAAAGGAGAAACAAGACAUAACAUGUCAUAAAGUAAUAUUGGCCAGCCGAAGUCCGGUUUUUAUGCUAUGUUUUGCGGGCCGCUCGCGGAGUCAGGUGACAUCAUUCCUAUUCCGGAUAUUGAGCCGUCUACGUUGGCAAUUUUUGUGAGGUACAGAAGUUACGGUUUGUACAAGUUUGUGUGGAUUUGGGAAAUACUUUGUUCGCGAUUGGUUGGCACUCUUGUCAACAUGAGGUACUUGCAUGUGUGUGUUUGUAAAAUUUGAACCGAUACACUAUUUACUUUCCAUUCUAUUUAAUUAUUGUUGUAUGUUAAUUAGCGUAUAUCCAUGGGUAUAGAAAUGCGCUAUCUGAUAUUUCUGAUGUGGCUAAACCAAUCCUGGACCAGGCCAUUAUCUUUGACUGUGCGGAUCUAAGAAGCAAAUGCUUAUAAAAUUUAUCACGAGGGAAUCUACAAAUGUAUUGAAAUCGGAAUCCUUUCUCGAAAUAACACAGGCGGGGCUUAAAGAAAUUUUCCAACUGUGUCAGUUCAAUGCAAGUGGAAUCGAUAUCUACCUCGCUUGCAAGCAGUGGGCGUCUCAAAGGUGCGCAACUGCGGGCAUUCAACAAACUGGUCGAGCUAUAAGAAAGGAGUUGGGUGAAGAAGUUAUAAGCUUGAUAAGAUUUCCCGCAAUUACGUUAGACGAGAUGAGCGAUGUUGUAGCACUGGACGAUGUCCUCACCAAUGAAGAAAAAGUAAGCGUGUUCCGAACAAUUAUUAAAUAGCAAAACGUUUCGAAAUUCAUCAACGAACAAAGGAAACUUGCAAGCAAGAAAUGCAUGUUCUACAGGUGUAAAACAAUAGCGUCCCCAUGGGCGUAUAACGGAGGACAAGAUGGUUUGAGUUUCAUGGUAUCAGAUGACUGCGUCUUGAGUGCUUUUGAUAUGUUUCUGCCCGAGAUCGAGCGAGCUGUGGAAGGAGUUUUAGAGAUACUCGAACGCACUGCUAUUGUCCACAAACAGAUACUUAAACUAGACUAUAGUGCUGGUUUGAAGCACGAACUCGUGUCCUUAGGAACUGACAUCACAUUGAGACAGAGAAUGAUUUACUCCGUGAGGCAGCGAGUGAACGAACCGAAUGUACACAGGUGCUACUUGACGGAACCACGAGUUAGCGUUAAUGGCGUGACCAUGACAUUGUGUGAUAUAAAGGUUAGAACGAGCGAUAAUAGAACGUUGGUUACGAAUGGUCAGUUUUACGGAUUUGAAUUGAAACUGUUCGUUGAUGACGAUUGCGACGAUCAAGGAAAAAUCUUAUAGACAUUUGACGGAGACUCGCGCGGCUGUGAAGGAAUACACACCAAACCAAAUGUGUAGAGACAUAUGAACGGAUUCAUCUAUCAAAGAUACUUUAUUAAAGAUAGUAGGUUGCGCAUUUUGAAGAUUUUCAACAUGAAUUGCUUAAAACGGAGCGAACUUGCGCAAAUGGUAUCAACAUGCAAGUCACAAUUCCAAACCACUUGGCAAAUGAAAUCCCAGGUGAUCUUUAGGCUAUAUCUAUGUCGUCAGAACGUUUAUUGCAUGCGUUUUUGUUACUUACUUAUUACACUAUUAUAUUGUAUAAUUAUAAAAUACAAUUGGCAAUUGUUGUGUAAACCACGUGUGUUACAUAACGGAAACGAACGGUAUAUUUUAUAAGUCGCAUAUUGUAUUAAAAAGUUAAGCUCUAUAAAAAUACACAAUAUCACCCAGGAUAAACGAUAAAAUAUCGCAUGGAUGUUCAAGCAACACCAUACACAUGAACUUACAGUAAACAGUCAAUAGCAAACUAUACGAGUAAAAGUCAUAAUUGACCCGACAUCAUUGUGAUUACAUAUACUUAUUGGAAGUUAAAACACGUGAUAUGUUGUGGUAUUCAGUCUGGCACGAGGUCCAUCUGUACUGUCAUAUCAAUCGAAGACUGUUGCCUGUAUUAACACGAGAUAUUAAUUAAACAUGAAGUAAUUAUAAACUAUGGGGCGUAAGAAGCAAUGGAGCAAGGCGUUUACUGACCUCCUCGUUUUGUACAAAUAGUUGAUAACUUCCAACAUGGUUUGUCGGACCUUACUUUAGGUAUUUAUAAUUUAAUACUUGAAUGCACAUUUUCAUAUUUAAGUCUUCCAAAGCUGUCAGCAGUAUAUCAAUGUCUGGAUACGACGCUAAACCAGAUCUACAUUAUUUCUUACACCUUGUUUGUUUGUUGGUCUGCUAAUAACUUUAAAAUCUAUCCUCUAAUCAUUUUAAUAGGUAUUUGAUACUCACGACACUGGUACACUCACAUCAUAUUUGUAGUAUUCGAUGCAAGCGCCGUUAUUUGGCAUCCAUGUUAUUAUUGUCGGUCUGCAAGUGUACAUUUGCUUCAGAUUAUUCAGACACGAUUUGUGUUUUAUUAAUUCAGGGUCACUUGUCAGCCUCCGCUAGCUGUACAACACGAGUUUAUUCCCCUUAUACUUUGCCUUGAGUGUUGUUUGUGAUUGAUUAUGGGGAAUAUUAGUUAUGGGAUAAGUGUUAGAUACGACUAGCCCUCGAAGACACAAGUAGGGAUAAGAACAGGAAUGUAUCUAAUCAUAUAGUUUCUGGAGUUUCAGUGUUUGCAAUAAUACGCACGAUUUCUAAUAAGAUCCAGCUGUUUGAAUAUCGCUAUUUGAAUGUCACCUAAUAACUUUCACGUGACCAAACAUAAUAAAAAUAGUUUUUAUGGAAAAUAAUAGCAUCACAUAGAUGUAUCUUUGUAAACAAUAUAAACAAAUAAGUAAACAAUUACCUGUUUCAAAUAUGGCGGCCGGCCGCAGAUGGUGCCAUGUGGGCCUCUUGUAGUCAUAGUCAGUCUCUUCAGCCAAUCGCGUCCAAACUUCGCGGUCUUUUAUUAUGUCAAUUGCUGCCUUAACACCUGUAAGGUUUUAUUUGCUAAUCGAGCAAUUAGACUUUGAAGCCUGAACAAAGGAACUGUUUAAUGUUCUUUAUCGUAUGUUUAAUAUUCAUCUGAAUAGAUAUGCAAUAUUGCAAAUCAAGAAAGAUUAUCGAGUGCACAAUUCUUAUAAACGCACGAGCCAAAGUACACUCCAAUCAUUUCUAGCAUCAUC